CUCGGUAUUAAAAAAAGCUACUAAGAUACUAUAUUAAAAUAAAGAAAAAAGCCAUGAGCUCGAUCGCGGUCGCACCAUGGGCUAACUCUCUGGUUCUUCUCCAUUAUCAGCGUCAGGCGCCUUCUGUGCCUUGUUCCCGCCAUGGCUGCCACAGAGGGGGGCCAUCGGCUGUCGCUAACCGCGUUUGGGGACCCCGAGGACCGGCGGUUACCGCUUUCAGAGGCGCCGGCGUCGGCGUCACCAACUCCGUGCCGUCUAGAAGUGGAGCAUAUACAGUUGGUGAUUUUAUGACAAAGAGGGAGCAUUUAGACGUUGUAAAACCUACAACAACUGUUGAUGAAGCAUUGGAGGCUCUUGUGGAGAAGAGAAUAACUGGUUUUCCUGUGAUUGAUGAUGACUGGAAAUUGGUUGGUGUUGUUUCAGACUAUGACUUGUUAGCACUUGACUCGAUAUCAGGUGGCAGUCAAAGUGACACAAGUGUGUUCCCUGAUGUUGAUAGCACGUGGAAAACAUUCAAUCAGAUACAGAAGCUGCUAAGUAAAACUAAUGGCAAGGUUGUUGGCGACUUGAUGACACCUGCUCCGCUUGUUGUUCGUGAAUCCACCAAUCUGGAAGAUGCUGCUAGGUUGUUGCUUGAAACAAAAUUCCGUCGACUGCCUGUAGUAGACGGUGAUGGUAAGCUGGUUGGACUAUUAACAAGGGGAAAUGUUGUUAGAGCUGCUCUUAAGAUAAAACGUGCCGGUUAAAAGUCGCUGUAGUUCGGGAUCGUUUCGAGAAACGUUGACAGCAUACAUCAUGAAAGAUUUGUAGCCCUUUGAAUCACAUUGAUGUGUCGAUCUAGUGGCCUCACAUCAAGGUGGUGCAGUCUCUUAUUCCAGGUUUGUUUGUUGGGCCAACUAUAUAGUUUGUGGGAUGGUUUAUAAUUGUUGCCCUAGUUAUUUUUUGUUAGCCAGGUAAAGCAUGAAGUAGUAAGUGAGCGAUCGAUUACUGCCUUUAGGCCUUAUACAUUUUUGUUAUACGCAUGUUUAUAGCAAGCUUGUAUAUGUAAUUUUCAGUUAAUAUUAUUUUUAGUGAAUUGAGAAAUAUUGGCCUUUUCAUCUCAAAACAAAAUAUUUAUAGUGAAUUUUGCU